UUUGGUGAUGAGGGUCCUAGUAACACUUUGUGUAUUGGCUUUGGCAUGCUCCUUGUCACCAUCUGACAGGGGAAAGAUCUCUUCCGAAUUCAACCUGCCUAUCGAUUCUCUGAAAUCUGCAUACCAAGUAACAGUUGCAAGAAACAUUUUACAACUUCCUCUUCUGGAGUCAAGUUGUGAAUUUGUUGCUAACAAUGCUCAACUGGUUUUGGCUGACCUUUACUUUGCCAGUCAUAUAUCAAAGAUUCAGGGUUGUCAGGUAAGCAUCGAUGGUAUUGAAGAGUAUUUGAAUUCAGAGAUUGCUGGAGAAGGAGCAAGUAUGAAUACCUUAUUCAAAGCAGUAACAUCAUUGUCUAACUUUGGGAUGACUAUUGAUGCUUCUGUUAAUGAUAAAAUUGCUGCCAAAGUUAAGGAUGAGGAUACUGUGACAGCUCAUUCUCUUGCUUACUUAGCUGCUGCAGUGCUCCCAGGCGAUGUUUCAAAAGAUCUUGUGGACUCUAUUGAAGAUAUUGCCCACCGUGCUGAUACCAUUGGUAAUGCCAUGUCAUUUGAGGGAGGAUUAAUGGAGACAGCCUUGUUCUUGAAAGGAGCAGCUGUUUUGUCCCAAAAAGCUGGAAAAGCUGCUCUCACAGACCAAAUGAUCCAGAAGUUUGCUAAUUACAUAGUCAGUAACAAAGAUAAGGCUGGUAAAAGUAAUCUGUUCUAUACACUAGUUGGUCUGGAUGCUCUUUCCAGUGGAUCCCUGGUCCCCACUCAUCUAGUUGUUCUGGAUAAUUCUGCUGUCAUCUCAGAAGGUCUAAGAACCCUGAAAGUGUCUCUUGUCAACCCUCUGGGAGUAACUGUUAAAGAUUCCACAGCUAAGAUAGUGUCUGCUAAAGGUGCCGGAGGUGAAGCUAUCUUCCCUGCCGGUCCUAUGUCGGGAGGAGACGGCAUGUUCGAGAUCUCUGCAUCAGACCUUACAAGAGGAGUAUUCUCAGCAGAACUUGGUUUUGAGCUUCCCUCAGGAUACCUUGCUCCAGAUAAUAGUGUUGUUAAAGUAAAAUGUGUUCUGCCAGUUGCGCUUACAGAUGCUGCUUUCAAACUGAUUGAUGUUGAUGAUAACCGUGUCCUGACUAACAGUGAUCCUUCAAAAGGUGUAGUUUCGGGGAAGGCAGAUCUGUCCACCAGACUGAUAUUUGAUUUCACUCUAAAGGACGGAGCAGGAGAAGUAACCCUCCACCAAGUCUUUGUGAGGUUCACCAACACCAAAACCAAGCAACAUGUCUACUUCAUCGCUCAAGCUGACCUGAAAAAGAAGUACACAAUUGAUCUGAACUUCAGAUCAGCUGCUGCCAAAUCCUUUGGCUCCAUUGCAGGAAAAUACAGUGUUGAUCUGAUCGUUGGUGAUGCUACUUUGCCUGCAGCUAUGGUUGUGGAUAUUGCAGUGCUGAAUCUGGAGAUACCGGACAGCAAAGAAGCUGCUACUGAUAUUUCUAAACAAGCCAAACCUGAGAUCACUCAUCUGUUCAAGCAGCCAGAGAAGAGACCCCCCCAAGCUAUCUCCAUGGUGUUCACAGGAUGUGUCCUCCUCCCAGCUCUCGUCCUCCUCGUCGUGUGGGCUAAACUUGGAGCUAAUAUCUCAAACAUGACCUUCUCCCUAUCUGCUAUUGGCUUCCACGGAGGUCUUCUGUCCAUCAUUGGUAUCUACAUCAACUUCUUCCUUGGUGUCAACAUGUUCACUACCGUAAAGUAUCUGGCCGGAGUUGCUAUAGUCACAUUCUUGUGUGGCCAGCGCCUCCUUAGUAGCAUUGCUGCUGCUAAAAAGGCUAAAUAACAUUAUGAGAAGAUAGGAGCACUUCCAAUUAAUAUUAUAAAAUUAUUUUGCUUUUAUUAACUUAUGCACACCGUGGUGAUUCGGUGUUUUGACAAUGUUAUGCUGUUUUUAGAGAGAAGAUCUGCACCUGGCCUCUAAGUUAAGAAGUAUUAGUUUAACAUAAAUCAGAUCAUAGUACCAUGCCUGAUGUUAAAUUAUUAUUUUUCAAAUAAGCUGACCAGCUUACCAGCUGACCACCAGUGUAAUUGCAUAUUUUAAUAUGUUUAUAUUAUCAAGGGGAUAUUCAGUAAGUUUAUUUUGUUUAUUGACUUUAAGGAAAGGUUACAUUUUGAGUGUUUGAGUUCUUUGUGUACAGUAAUGAAGCAACGAGUGAUCCUUAUUUUUUGAUUUACUAUGUUACAAGGUACAUUUCCCUUUACAUAUCUUCUGGCUUCAUUUCGCACGUUGAUGUCCGUGAUAUAUAUCGUGGAGAGACAGAGAAUGUUUCGAGAAGUUUGGCUUUAACAUCAGCUCAUAGCUUUUUUAGAGUUGGUUUACGGUUGUGAUAUUUAUUGUACAUCAUAUGUAUGCUUUGCAUUUGUUCGUUGGCUAAGUUUAUAUAACAAA